GUGUGGCGAAGAUGGAGUCGGCUGCGGGCUCGGAGGAGGAUUUCCAGCUUUUCGUAGACGUUCACGGCGCGGCUCUGCGAGCUUCAGGGGUGCCUCCGCUUUACUGGAAAAGCUUGCACCAUAAACUGGCACAUGAGGUGUUUGAUGCGGGUGAAGUAUUUGGGAUAAUGGAAGUAGAAGAUGAAGAGGUUGAAGAUGAUUCAGAGCAAAAGAUGUCCCUUAAUCCAGGGACACCCCCUGUUUACAAAGUCAUUGUCACCAAAGAAGAUGGGCUUCAGGCAGCAAACCCAGAUAGUAUUUUCUUAAUAGAUCAUGCCUGGACCUACCGAGUGGGUCAAGCUCGUCAGCAGCUCUGGGAAAUCCCUGGCUUGCUGCACCGAAUGGCAAACCUUACUGGGGUGGGAUUCCAUGGAGAAGUCCCAGAUGAUGAUAUCAUCGACAAUGUGCUGGCUGAGCUGUGGGCCUUUAGCCAUGUGUACAAGCUGAACCAGGGGUCAGCUGAAGAACAGGUACCAAUUUGGUAUGUCAUGGAUGAGUUUGGGUCGCAGAUCCAGCACUCUGAUGAACCAACGUUUCAAAUCGUCCCAUUCUUUUAUGGGAUGGGACAAAUGGCCUUCUCCUUAUUGUGGCCAUUGCAGGAUCUCAACCAUGGAGAGGAGGUCACGUGGGAUCAUGCGCAUGGUGAGCAAAACCCUCUGAUCCGGAAGUGCAUGCUGUUGCCGUGGCAACCAGCUGAUUUGAGGGAGGCGGAUGCAAGCGUCAGUGAACCACCAGAAGAUUAUUUUAAGGGUAUUUUAGCUAGCAAUAAAGAAAAUCUUCCUCUUCCAAUAGAACCACCAGUUUAUCAGAAGGAUAAAACUUUCAAGGUUUAUACAGAUUUUAAACAAGUGUUGAAUUUUCUGAAUGCUCCACGCUUUGUCUUUACGGAGGAUGAGGAGGAAGCAGAUAUUCUUUACUUGUAUGAUCACUUUAAAGACUACAGGACUCUGAGUGAGAAGAGGCCCCAUGUUAUGGUCAAUCAGUUUCCAUGUGAAAGCCUGCUGACAGUGAAGGAUUGCUUGGCUGCUGUGGCUCGGCGAACAGGAGGUGUGAAUGGUCCAAAGUGGUUGCCGCUUACCUAUAACCUUUGCACAGAGCUGCCUCAGUUUGUUAGCUGUUACCAACAGCGCCAAGCCAGAGGUGAGGAUAAUCACUGGAUCUGUAAACCCUGGAACCUCGCUCGCGGUCUGGACACACACAUUACAAACAACCUCAACUGCAUCAUUCGCCAAAGGGAGGGUACGCCCAAGGUGGUGUGCAAGUACCUUGAGAAUCCAGUGCUAUUUGAGAGAGAUGAUAUAGGGUUGGUUAAGUUUGACAUUCGGUACAUUGUUCUUCUCCGCUCAGUUCACCCGUUGCAGCUAUAUGCAUACAAUGUAUUCUGGCUCCGCUUUUCCAACAGGCCUUUCUCCUUGGAUCAUCUUGAUGAUUAUCAAAAACAUUUUACAGUAAUGAACUAUGUUGAUGACAGUCAACUUAAGCAGAUUCACUACAAUGAGUUCAUACCAAUGUUUGAGAAGCAAUAUCCCAAGUAUGCAUGGACAAGUAUUGAGGAGGAAAUAUAUAAAUCGUUUGUUGAACUGUUUCAAGUUGCCACUGCUAAACCUGCCCCCUUUGGUAUCUGCAAUUAUCCGUCAUCUCGAGCAAUAUACGCUAUUGACCUCAUGCUGAAGUGGGAUACUGAUGGUGAUGGGAAAACGAUCAUGCAACCACAGAUUCUUGAGGUGAAUUAUAGCCCUGACUGUGCUAGAGCCUGCAAGUACCAUCCCAGCUUUUUCAAUGAUGUUUUUAGUGUGCUCGCCUUGGAUGAAGUGGCUGGACAUAAUGCCACUCGCUUGAUCUAAUCCCAUCUGCAGUUAUUUGGAUUCAAGACGUGGAUUGUUGCAGAUCUUCCAGGUUUGAGGAAUGCCAUUCAGCAAGUGGAGGAUGACACCAGACAUCAGUGAUGUGAGAUGAGAGUUGUGAGAAUUUUAAAUUGUGUAUUGGGGUUGCUGUUUCACUCACAUCAUUGAAACUAGUUUUCAAGCCCAUUUUAAACUUGCUUCCAGUAGCUUUUGAUGGAAAAAAAAGCCCUCAGACAGCCUUAAUUUGUAACUGGUUUCACAUAUUCACAUUAAAUAUGUAACCUUGC